UUCUUUUUUUUUUCUUUCAAUCUCUUGCCAUCAUGUUCCGUUCCGCUAUCGUCCGCUCGUUGAGAGCCUCUGCUCCUCGUGCCGUCAGGACACCGGCUUCUUUCCAGAUCCGCAGCUCUCCCGUUGCUCGUCCUGCUCAAUUCGCUCCCCGUUUCGCCUACCAGGGUGUCCGCCUCUACUCCGCCCCUGCCGGUCUGAACCAGGAAGAGGUUGAGGGUCGGAUAGUCAACCUGCUGAAGAACUUUGACAAGGUGUCCGACGCUAGCAAGAUCAACGCUGCUUCUCACUUCUCGAACGACCUCGGUUUGGAUAGCUUGGAUACUGUUGAGGUUGUCAUGGCCAUUGAGGAGGAAUUCAGCAUUGAGAUCCCCGACAAGGAGGCCGAUGCCAUCCACAGCGUGGACAAGGCUGUCUCGUACAUCCUUGCCCAGCCCGAUGCUCACUAAAUACGUAAUUAACGGAUUGGGAAUUGGUGGGAGAGUCGGAUAGAAAAAGAAAAGGGAUGUUGGCGUGCAUCUACCGGGGAGAAACUCAGACCGAGGGAUCCAG